GGGAAGCCCGGGAGAACCCGCAGAGGAGGGCGAGCGCUCUGCGGAGCGCGCGGCCGCCUGACGUCAGGAUUCAGGGCGGCCCUGUUGCCCUGGCGACCGUUCCCAGCUCUGGGCAGUCACCGUCCAGGCCUUCAUCGCAAGGUACGUCGGGCAGAGAAGCCCUAGCCAUGGCCUCGUCGACCCGUGCGUCCUUCUCUGCGGCCGACGGGUUGGCUGAGACCGAGAAGAAUUCAGGGGAGACCGAGAAUACUUACAUUCUGCGGCCCAUUUUUCAGCAAAGGUUCAGACCCUCUGUGGUCAAAGACUGCAUCCAUGCUGUGCUCAAGGAGGAGCUGGCAAAUGCUGAAUACUCUCCAGAAGAAAUACCCCAGCUCACAAAACGUUUAUCAGAAAACAUUAAAGAUAAAUUAAAAGAAAUGGGCUUUGACCGAUAUAAAAUGGUGGUGCAAGUAGUGAUUGGAGAGCAAAGAGGUGAAGGAGUACUCAUGGCUGCUCGCUGUUUCUGGGAUGCUGACACUGACAACUACACACAUGAUGUUUUCAUGAAUGGCUUAAUCCUGCCAGAGAACAUUGGGCGGCGCUGUAGAGCGGUGACAAUUAAAGGGGAAUCCAAAGAUAAAUGCCAGUCCCUGAGCUGCUUGUUACAGGUCCUCAACGAGGUUAAAUAAAUAAAUUGAAUGACAGUUUAUUCUGUGUUGUAGCAGCAUUUGGCUGUUUCUACUAUUGAAUCUUUGAAAAGCUGGGAAAAGAUAUGACCCUGAAGAAAUAUGAACUUUUUUAUAUUGUUAAAUAUCUUGACAAAAUAAAGAUAAGUUGGCAGUUUGGCAA